ACUGUCAUCUCCAAGACUUAAUGGAGCGUAAUCUGCAACUAGUAAUGGCCGAAGGCUCAGGCUUAACUAAGGUCCGGGCUGAAGCUCUUGCUAGUGGUGCAAAAAGUAUCAAUGCUCUUGGAGCUGAGCGAAGAGCUAUGUUAAUACCAGUUUUAUCAUCGUUAUUAGGCCCAAGCAACCACAUUAGUGAUUUUACCCACAAAUGUCUAAUCCUAGAAUUGUUCUGGAGUACAACAAAUCCAACAUCAUACACAACACUUGCUUAUGUUACACAUGGCGAUAUGUGUGUCAUACGUCAUGGAACGAGAGUCGUGAACAUUACUCAAAUGGUGCUAGGGCAGAGCUUAGUUUAGUAUAAAUAAUUUUUAU